AUGGAGAUACAGACACCUGAAACUUCAGAGAAUUCAACCUCACUUCCUAUUACAAGCACAGAGAUAACUGAGACUUUGGAACAAUUAACACCACCUGUGAUUGCCCACCCACAGACAACUGAAACAUCUGAGCCGCCACUGCCACCGCCUCCGGUGACAAACAUGCCGAAAAGUGAAGCUUCUUUGCCUGAGGUUACAAACACACAUACAACUGAACCCUCAGAUGAUACUGAUUCCACCCCUCCACCUGUCAUAAACACACAGUCAACUGAAACCUUGGAGCAAUCAAUCCGUCCCCCUUUGACAGAAACAAAGACAACUGAAACUAUAGAGAAAUCAGUCAUACCUCCUGUAGUCACUGAUAAUAGUCAUCAUGAUAACUUGGUUUUCUUCUCCUGA